AUGACAGACUUGUGGUUGAUUUCUGUCCCACUGGACAAGACCAGUUUAAACAGUGUAGAGCAACUCAAGCGCACCAUUGCCAAAACCAGCCAGGCCUCCUGCUGCAUGUUCUCCAUCCCUGAUCUCAAGGUGGGAAUACUGGACAGUCUGCUCACUAUGUCAGAUGAUCUUUCCAAACUGGACAUACUGACUGAGAGUGUGAUCAAAAAAACAUGUCAGUGUAUGAGGGAGGUGAUGGAGCAUUCUACUGACAAAGUGCUUGAAAACGCCUUAGCCAAUGGAGUGGACCUAAUGAGCUAUGUGACAAAGUUUCAGUGGGACAAAGCCAAGUAUCCAACAGCACUGCCUCUCUCCAGCCUGGCAGAUAUCAUCAACAAGGAAGUUUCUCAGGUGGAGACGGAAUUGAAAUGUCGAGCUGCGACGUACAGCAGUGUGAAAACCAGCUUGCAGAGCCUUGAGCGCAAACUCGAGGGGAGUUUGCACACUCGCAGUCUGAAUGACAUUGUGAGGCGAGAAGACCUGGUGGUCUCAGAGUACCUCACCACUCUACUGGUAGUGGUGCCCAGAGGGAGCUACCUGCAGUGGGAGAGGACCUAUGAGUCUUUGUCACAGUUUGUGGUUCCCCGGUCGAGCAGGAAGCUGCAUGACGACGAAGAGGGGGGAGUUUUCUCAGUCACGCUUUUCAAAAGGGCUGUGAGUGAAUUUAAAGCCAGAGCCCAGGAGAGCAAGUUCACUGUGCGUGAGUAUCGCUUUGAUCAGGAGGAGGAGAAGCAGCAGGAGAGGAAGCAGCUGAGCGUUCACAAGAAGGAACAAUGCGGAAUCUUUGUGCGCUGGCUGAAGGUUAAUUUCAGGGAGAUAUUUACAGCCUGGAUCCACUUAAAAGCGUUGAGGGUGUUUGUGGAAUCAGUCCUCAGGUAUGGACUACCUAUAAACUAUCAGGCUCUUCUGCUGCUGACCGACAGCAAGUGCUCGAAGAAACUCAGAGGAGAACUGGCCUCACUCUUCAUGCACCUGGAUCCCACAGCCACUUCCAGCAAAACAGACGUGAACUGUGACAUCCCAGGACUCUGUCAGCAGGAGUACUUCUCCUACAUCUGUUUCGGCAUCAACACCAGCAUAGUGGAGAUCAGCUAGCAGUUGGCAAAGAGGGGACCCACCCAGUGACCAAGCAGUGAGGGGCCCCGUCCCUCGUGGAGGGAGGAGCCCCGAGCGCAACAUCAACACGGACAGCAAAGAGAGGACCCAUGAUGAGUAAUGAGAGACCCUGUGGCUCAUGCACUUGUUCCAGACCAGUCACUCACACUCAGAGCCAGGAGUGUGAAAGCCCUCAACACUAAAAGAAAACUAAUCUGGUAAAGAGUGUUUCCUAGAAUGUCUUUUCAAUAUUUCUCCUGAGGCAGAAGGAAGUGGCUGCUUCAGACAGAGAUGUCAAUAAUCCAGUCAGGUUAACCGUGGAUGGAUUUGGCUUCUCUUCACUACAGUGUAGUCGACACACAGAGAAAACUGUGUGAUGUGCUGCUCAUGGAAUUAUAGAACAAUUAAAAAAUGUUGGUCAGUGUUUUCCUUUGUGUA